AUGGGAAGCCUCUGCCUCGAUAAGGGUCGGAGUGCCGAAGCCGAUCGGAGACCGAUCUCUGUUCAGACUCCGCCAAAUAUUAUUGGAAUUUAUUGGAGGUUCGGCACGUUCUUCAACGUCGUCGCUCUUUCAUCCCUCCUCUCUCUCCGACCACCACCAUCCCCAUCCCCGUCCACGCGCGUCCCCGACGUCGACCCUAUCUCCUCCCUUCCAUUCGUCGCGCGUUCCAUUCUCCACGACUGCUUCUCUGUUGCUCCCGUCGCCGUGUCGACCAUCGACCUCGCAUUUCAACCUUCCGGCCUGGCUUUGCUUUGCUCGAUCUCGCCUAUGCCCAUUAGCUGCUGCCUCCCAGCGCAAACAACAUUGAUACCGGAGAACGCGUUAUCAGUCCGCGCUGCGAAGAGGCACGAUCCCAUUCCCGAUGACUCACGAACGAGCACAGUCAAGAUGAAUGCCGGCCAACCUUCAAUCGCAAAACGCAGAGCGCGACCAACAUUGAGCGCGAUAUAUACACUAUCGCCUAUAGCUGCUUCCCCCAUUUGUACGCCAGGGCAGUCGGGAUCCCCCGAGCCCGCUCAAGGUCCCUUGAAGGUCAUUGAAGGCAAAAAAUGCGCCAUAAAAUCCUCGUCAUCAACACAAGAUGCUCCCGAACCCAAGCAUCAUCCUCCCACGUGGAUAUCAACUCCACCUACGCCGCCGCCUGAACUAGUCAGACGCUCAGUAACGUGCAGAACACGCCGUUCCCCCGGACUCGUAAUAACCACCUCGAAUUCCCUUCCUGCCGGAAGUUCUUCACAUGCACCUGCCCGUAUGCCCAAGCGACGCGCUUCUAUCGCCGCUAUGUAUACCUGGAGACUACACUCUUCUCCCGACACGCUUUCUGUUGGUCGCUCAAGCCACGAGGCGAAUGUCAUGGUUUCGAGUCCAUUGCGUUCGGGGUCACUUGCGCUAUGCGAAGCCGCCGAGGAUACCGCCCAGCCAGUCGACUCCAAGCCGAGGUUCCAUAUUCUUGGUGAUACAGGGACUGAUACGGAGGAGAAUGGCCCGGCUCUCUGCGAGAGUCCCGUAGAACCUAUUGCGCCUUCGCCACCACGCUCUAGCUGGGACCAAGGUCGAACAACAGACAACGUGCGACGACUAUAUGCACUUCUAGAGCUUUUGACCACGGAGAUAGGCUACCUAAUUGACCUGCGCGUUCUGGUUUCGGUGUACCUUCGUCAGCUCCCGCUGUUAUCUGCUCGACCUCUGAGCAGAUCGCAUUCCUCCUUCUCGGCUAUAUCUCGCGUGGGUUCGUUUACGACUAUAAGUCCUCUUUCCGUCCACCCCCACUCGGCCUCGCCAGAGGCUACUCCAGGUAGCAACGGAAAGGAGAACCCUCCUCCGCGGCCUUUGCUUUCAGCGAGCUCGAUUGAACUUUUGAUGAGGAAUAUUGAGGAAAUCCUCGAUUUACACGAGCAUUUCGUGCAGGAACUACGACAGGCCGUCCUUCCCUGUGGCUUGGCUAGUGCAUUAGACCACCAUGCUGACUCCGAACGUCGUUUCCCUGACUUCUACGAACAUAUGGCGCCGGAGGUUGAGGUUGCCAUUAAUGCUGUGUGUACGAAAUUUGCAACAGAGGCAAGCUCCUCCCGAUUUAACGCGUAUCAAUCAUUCUGUGCAAGUCAUCCGGAAGCGCUAGAUCUGAUUCGCAGGGUUCAGCAGCAACAUCCCCUCGAAUGGCACGACUUCGAGCAAAAGUGCUCCGCUAUGGCGUCAAGUUUCAUUGAUAGUGGGGUGGAGGGUACGGAAACGCCGUCUUCAUUUCCCGAAGGGCCCAUUCCACGGAAGCGAACUUCCUCGUUGUCCUCCCUCGACGGCGCCGUUCGUUCCCUGCGAAACAAAACUGGGCUGAAGCCGAAAGAUUCCUAUCCCUUUCCGGUUGAACCACUCAAGGAGCAGCGAUCACCCCACCGGCUGGCGUUUAUGGAUUACAUGAUCAAACCAGUCCAGCGAAUAUGCAAAUACCCUUUGUUGCUCGAUCAGUUGCAGACAGGCAAGCACGUUGCUGCACCGGCGUCACGAAAAUCCGGCGUGCAGGUCGUCGUGGAGAGCGCCACCCAGGCAAUGCGACAUGUGGCCAGUUCUGUCGACGAGGCACGCCAUCGCCAGGAUGUAAUAGUCCAGUCUACGCUAAUGGUGUCUCGAAUCUGCCUCUCGCUUUCUCAUGUUUCCCAGUCUACACCCCCUCAGACCCUGACGCCACCAUUUUUGAACUCUCUCGGGACUUGCCUUCUUGCGGGGCCACUGGACGUCAUUCACCAUCAGUCUGGAAAGUCGUUGGGCAGCCGCGGGAAGCUCAGAACGAAGUAUCUCGGCGCUAUGUUGUAUCUCGGCGGCUACUUCCUACUUGUCAAGGUCGGCAAGAACAAAAUUUAUGAUCCGAAGCAUUGGAUGUCUCUGGCUGAAUUUGACAUCAUCGACGUGCGCGAGGAUGAAGCUUUGCUCCCUUUUUCAUUCCGAUUCAUUGCUAAAGGCCACCAAUUUGAGCUGGCCGCGUCGUGCUACAGAGAGAAAGAAGUCUGGUUGAAUGCCAUCAAGGAGUCGCUGAGCGAAUUUCCCAAAUGGCUUGACGAACCAACAGCCAGCAUUCAUUGUGACGGCAAGGGUGACCUCGUUCCCUCUGAUCUUGAUGGUGGGCCGUUCGAAAGCAUAAACGCUUUGCCCACCAUUCAAUCCAUUCCUGAACUUGUGAACGACGACUCCAACAACUCAACCGAAUCUGCACCCGCCGGUCCCAUUGGCGACAGCAGUCCUUCUAGCCCUGCCGUCAAACGCGACGCGACGCCGUCAUCUGCCCCUCCUAGCCGACGCUCUUCGUCAACGUCUGUGCGAAGCAUCUUUUCGCCAUUAGCCUCAGACUUCAGUCAGAUCGUCAUCUCGCGUGCCUCGGCAACAGCCCGUGCGGUCGUCGAACAGGGCAUGCAUGAUGUUAUCUCUGAAGCUUGUGUGUCAGCCCGAUCUCGCGCGAGCACUUCCGAGGAAGAUCUCCUCCAUACGCCCACGAUAGCUCGACGAAAGUCCAGGUCGUCGCUGGCCAUGUCAUCGCUAGGGCUUGGGAAGAAUCGGACCAUGAAUGACGGUGUUCAUAUAUUCAGGCGCCGUAGCUUGUUGGAAUGCUCUGAUACUUUGGGAAGAAAGCCUCUGUCGAGAACGAAGUCAUUGGCGCUCAGGAGACAGGCAAAGAAGCUGCCCUUGAUCUCGACUUCGGACCCCACAACACAAAGUUCUGCACCCUCUUCGUCGAUGCCAAGUCCUAUCCUCAUCAAGAACCAGCCAUCGUCAAGCUCGCAAUCGGCUGCCAGCAGCCCUUCAGAACCUCAAACACCGCCGGUUAUCACCAGAGAUGAACCAGACAAAUCCUCCAAGUCACAUCGCUAUCUACCUGGCACCAUGCGCGAAUUCUUCCAGCCUCGUUCCACGUCCCCAGUGCCUGCACCACUCUCCGAUGUCGAGCCUGAUGAUGAAGAUAAUGCAAUGAAGACGAUCACACCCGGACUCUUCAAACGCUGGGCUCAAGGCUCUCUCAAUCACCGCCGAGCACAAAGCGCCCCGGAAGAAGACAACACCGCCCAUAGCAAAGUUGCCCAACUAUUCGAUUGCGAUAUCCGCGACUUCGAACCUUCAUUACCAUCAAAAACCCUUCUUCAACCCACUGUUGAGGAGCCCCCUGUCACGACCAAUAAACGCAUGUCGUUCUUCCAACGCAUCAAGUCCAUCGAAGUAGGAUAUUAG